CUGCUCCGGCUCCGGCUCGGGCUCGGGCUCAGCGGGCGGAGGGGGCGGAGAGAAGCCGCAGCUGCAACUUCGCCCGGAGCCGCGGAGCCUGGGCUCAGCCAGGGACCGAGCUCCGUCACCGCGGAGCCGCCGCCUCCCCGGCCGGGGCCUCAGCCCAGCCGGCUCAGCCAUGGCAGCCGCCGCCGCCGCGGCGAAUCUGGCCCCUGCGCUCCCCGCCCGUCGCUGAGCAGCCGUUACCCAGCUCGCCCUCCCGCCCUCCCGCCGGGGCCGCCGCGGCCCAGGCGCCGCACAAGUUUCCGCCGCCGAAGAAGCGGGAGGCGAAGGCGGGGGCGGACGGACGUGGGGAGUCGGGCGCCCCCGGCCUAGCCGGCCCUCCUGCCCGCGAUGUGGGGGCGCUUCCUGGCCCCGGAGGCCGGCGGCCGGGACAGCCCCGGCGGAGCCCGAAGCUUCCCGGCUGGCCCAGAUUAUUCUUCAUCAGCAUGGUUACCUGGUAAUGAACCCUUGUGGCAGGCCACAAGUGUUCCAUCUAACCAUCGAAAUAACCAUAUCAGGAGACAUAGUAUAGCUUCUGACAGUGGCGACACCGGCAUUGGAACUUCCUGUUCUGACAGCGUGGAAGAUCAUUCAACUUCAAGUGGCACAUUAUCUUUUAAGCCUAGUCGAUCGUUAGUUACUCUUCCUACUGCCCAUGUCAUGCCGUCUAACUCCAGUGCUUCGGUUUCCAAACAUAGAGAAUCAUUGACAUCAGAUGGCUCAAAAUGGAGUACAAGCCUCAUGCAAACCUUGGGGAACCACAGUAGAGGAGAGCAGGACUCUUCACUAGACAUGAAGGACUUCCGGCCCCUCCGGAAAUGGUCAUCUUUAUCCAAACUCACUGCCCCGGAUAACUACAGCCAGAGUGGUGGUGUAAACACUGAAGAGUCAAGGAGUGGUUUGGAAAAGACAGGGAGAGGCAAGGCUUUAACAUCACAACUAAGGACAAUUGGGCCUAGCUGCUUACAUGAUAGUAUGGAGAUGCUUAAGCUAGAGGACAAGGAAAUAAGUAAAAAACGAUCUUCAACUCUGGACUGCAAAUAUAAAUUUGAGAGCUGUAACAAAGAGGACUUUAGAGCUGCUUCCUCCACUCUUCGGAGACAGACCUUAGACAUGACUUAUAGUGCCUUACCUGAAAGCAAGCCUAUUAUGACAAGCUCAGAGACUUUUGAACCUCCAAAAUACUUAAUGCUUGGUCAGCAGGCAGUAGGGGGAGUUCCCAUUCAGCCUUCUGUGAGGACACAGAUGUGGCUUACAGAGCAGUUGAGGACGAAUCCUUUGGAAGGUAGAACUACAGAGGACUCUUAUAGCUUAGCUCCUUGGCAACAGCAGCAUAUCGAAGAGUUUCGACCAGAAAGUGAAUCACCAAUGCAGGUUUUGACUGGAUCAUCUCGUCAGAGUUACUCACCUUCUGGCUAUCAGGAUUUCAGUAAGUGGGAAUCAGUGCUGAAAAUAAAAGAAGGACUACUGAGGCAGAAAGAAAUUGUAAUUGAUCGACAGAAGCAACAAAUUACCCACCUACAUGAGAGGAUAAGGGAUAAUGAGUUACGGGCGCAACACGCCAUGUUAGGACAUUAUGUGAGUUGUGAGGAUUCCUACGUGGCUAGUUUGCAGCCACAAUAUGAGAACACUUCACUGCAGAGUUCAUUUUCAGAUCAGUCAGUGUCCCCUUCCCAGCAAGAGGAACUUGAGCAAAAGCUUGCAUCUACUGAGAAAGAGGUUUUACAGCUCAAUCAGUUUCUCAAACAAAGAAUAAGCCAGUUUAGUGAAGAGAAGAAGAAACUGGAGGAAAAGCUUAAAACCAGAGAUAGAUACAUCAGUAGCCUGAAAAAAAAAUGCCAGAAGGAAUCUGAACAAAACAAAGAAAAGCAGAGAAGAAUUGAGACCUUGGAAAAGUAUCUGGCUGAUCUUCCAACUCUAGAUGAUGUACAAAGUCAGAGUCUACAGCUGCAGAUUCUAGAGGAAAAAAAUAAGAAUUUGCAAGAGGCUUUGAUAGAUACAGAAAAAAAGCUUGAAGAGACCAAAAAGCAAUAUCAAGAGAAAGAGGCACAGUUAAUAUGCCAGAAGAAGAAAGAGAAGGAGUUGGUAACUACAGUUCAGAGUUUGCAGCAAAAAGUAGAAAGAUGCCUUGAAGAUGGAAUCCGCCUUCCCAUGUUAGAUGCAAAACAGCUUCAGAAUGAGAAUGAUAACUUGCGAGAGCAAAAUGAGAAUGCUAGUAAGAUCAUAGACAGCCAACAAGAUGAGAUUGACAGAAUGAUUUUAGAAAUUCAGUCUAUGCAAGGCAAACUGUCUAAAGAAAAAUUGACCACUCAAAAGAUGAUGGAAGAACUGGAAAAGAAAGAAAGAAACCUACAGAGAUUAACAAAAACAUUGCUUGAUAACCAAAGACAAACAGAAGAGUCGUGCUGUUUAUUGGAUCAGGGCCAGGAAGCCGACCAGUCCAGGCAGCAGGCACUUCUUUCCAAAUGGCCACUCUUUGAUUUGAGUGUGAUUGAUCAGCUGUUCAAGGAAAUGUCCUAUUGUCUGUUUGACUUAAAGGCGUUGUGUAGUAUUCUUAAUCAGCGUGCUCAGGGCAAGGAGCCUAAUCUUUCAUUAUUACUGGGAAUCAGAUCAAUGAACUGUUCAGUUGAAGAGACUGAGAAUGACCACAGCCCAGAAACACUCACUAAAAAACUGUCAGAUGUAUGCCAGUUACGGAGGGACAUUGAUGAAUUAAGGACUACAAUAUCAGACCGCUAUGCUCAGGACAUGGGAGACAGCUGCGUUACCCAAUGAUGGAGUGUUGAUCCCGCAGCAAUAAUGACCCGUUGCUAAAUGCUGCUGUGUUAUAGUUCUUCCUGUUUCUUUUUAGGAGCCACGAUGGAAAGUUGCUAGUGACGUAUGACUUGCACAUGGGAUUUUUUUUUCUGUACAUUUGUUUUGUUAGGGGAGAAAGGGAAUGGGAUAUUUCAAAGGGGCUUGUCUAAUUAGGCCAAAAAAUUGAAUUACCAUUUGAAACGUGAUAGAGUGUAUAAGAAAAAAAAAAUUCAGUAUUCUCAAACUACUGACUGUAGGACCAAGCUGUGAAGAAUCCCCUUCAGAUAAAGGGGUAGGAUUUCUUUUUAUCCUGUAGUUUGUGUGUGUGUGCGUGUGUUUAUUCACAAAAUUAUAAGGAUUUCUAGGAUCAAAGCACAGCUUCUGAGAAAGGCACACGCUGUUUAUUCUUGUAUUUCUUUGCUUUCAUGUAGAAGCUUGUGUUGUACUUGGGGUUUUCAAGGGCUGGCUGAAGAAGAGUUCCAACAGCAGGCAGGUGUGCUAAUAGAGGUACAGCAGGCAAGACCAUUUGUGUUUUGAAGAACCACUGUGCUGAGAUGAUGAGGUGUGGGAUUGGGCUGAUUUUAGGACUGUGGAUAGGGCAGCUGUUUCUCCAGAGUGAUUGUGAAUUGCCUUAGAGGUGUGGAGUUUGGAUGUGAUGAUGUCUUUUAUAUAUUAUAAAACAAUUUAACACAAUUUGAACUAAUUUUAACGUGUCCCUUACUAUUUACAACUUUUUGCUUAUAUAUAUCAAUGUAAACAAAGCCAUGUGUAAUUCAUGCAAACCUUCUAAGGUCUCCAGUCAUUGUUGUAAAAGAAAAAUUGACAAAGUGACUCUGGAACAAUAGCUUAUUUAUCCAGAUCUCAAACGUUUACGUGUUAACAGUUUUGUGUUUGUUUUAAAGUUGAAACUACUUUAAGAAAAGUAUUCUUAAAUCUGUAUUCUUUAUAUCUGAAUUAUCACUAGCAUAAAACAAAAUCUAAGCCAGGUGAUAUUUUGAUUCCUUUUAUUAGGUGAAGUACACUACAAACAGGGUUUUUUAUAGAAUACAAGCUUGGCCAGGGUAGUUCUCCUGGAGUACAGAGUAUCACUACGAAAUGCAACUGAUUCUUAAGUAGACGUACAAUCGUUUCAACUUCAAAUGAGUAUUUCCUUGUUUUAGUUGGUAUUUUGGAAGGACUUAUAUUUUUAUUGCCUCAGGAGCAUUCAUUACAUUCUUUUGAGUGUACUUAGUUAUGGUAAUCAUUGUCCUUUACAGAUUGGUUUGUUUUCUUGAUGCAACCAAGUCUCAUUUAGGUCAAGAUUGAAUAAGAGGUAGAAGGAAUAGGGAGUGUGAAUCAAGCAGGAUAUUAUUGUUUUGGGCAAGAGAAGAUCACAUGUCUGUUUUCUUGCCAGGCUUAUAUACUGGUAUAAAGGCUGCUCUUAGAAAAGAUUUUUCUUAAAGAUUUUCCACAGUGAAAACAUGUGGGAUAAGGCCUUCAAGGAAACUACCCAGGAAGACAUUCACUUCAGAACUGGGCUUGUGUACAGCACUUGCUAAGUUAUUCCGUAGUUCUCUUUCAGCAGUCGGUUAGAAUACAUCGUAAGGACAUGAAACUUUGCUUCUGCUCAGUGCCUGAGUCCUCCCUGCUCCUCCUACUUCUGAGGAUCUGGGCACUAAGAAAUCAGUGCAUUGUAGUGAUUCCGCAUCUCAAGGGCCCUCACCUCAUCAGGAGGGACUUGAUCACUGGUAGGAAUUUGGCUUUCUAAUGAGUUCAUUUGUUUUUUAAUGUCGAUGGUUUGAAGACAAUCAAGGAGCAGUAAAUUUGUACCAAAAAUCUGAUGCAAAGAAUUCUGCCUUGUAAAAAUUAAUUAUCUGUAAAAAUGGCCCUUUACAGUGAAGUAGAUAAUAGCAUCUAAAAGAGAUAAGCCAUAAGGGCAACGCACAUUUUUACAUUCUCUUUGAAUAGACUCUCCUCCCCAAAUGCCAACCUCCCCAAUUUUGGAAAUAAAGGCACCCUAAAAUGAUGGUACUAAUGGGCAAAUAAUCACUGAUUUGGAUCACUACGUUCUUACUUAAAUGUCUCCUAGGUUGUUAGUAUAUGUUUUGGGGUUUUAUGGUUAUUAUUGUUGCUUUAAAGAAACUUUUGGUCAUUUGUUUUAAUCAACUGUAAGUACAGUUUUGUUUUCUGAGUUAGUUGGGAUAAAAUUUGAUUUUUUAAUGUUAGUUUUCAAAAACUUACAGAAUUUGACCUAAUUCAAGUAUCUUGAGGUAAAAAUUUUUUAACUUAGGAAAUUAACAAACUACUGCUCAUGUAUUUCAGUUGCUGCAAUGUAUACUCCCAUAAAAAAGAGAAUUAAGGUGUGAUAGUUUAAGUAUAACCGUGAAUUACAAAAUGUGAUCUCUUGGAGUCUGGAGUUUGUGAAAGGACCUAGCCUUGGAGGGUUGUCCAUUUCUAGGGGAAAUGAAACUAGUAGUAUUCUAAUUUGUCAGUAUUGAAUUUUGAUUUUUCAGAAAAUGCCCCCUCCCAAGACAACCUCUUGUGUUAGGACAUAAUAAUGUUGGUAUCUCAUUGAAAACAAAGAUUUUACUGCUAGGCCAAAUAAGAUGGGCAAAUAUAGACACUGUAGUGUGUUGUCCUAGUUUGAACUAGUUUGUUCUUGAAAGUUAUUACAGUGAUAUAUGUCCAAGAUGAAAAUUAACUGAAAUUUUAAAAUAAAUCUAUUUGAAAAUUUCCUUAGAGAUGAAAACUCUUUGAUUAUGCUUUUGUGAAUAAAAUCCUUGUCUUCUUAGGAAGUACCUCAUGCAGCAUUAGCGUUGAUUAGUGGUCUUCUGGGUUUUGAAGUUGAGCUUAUUUGGCCUCAGUCACAUUCAAGCAGGGAUAAAGUAACAGUUGUCUCAAUGAAAGACCCAAAUCACCUGUGCAGAUAAAAUUAACUGAAUCAGAGGCACAAUAGUGGUCUUUUCAUGUGAUGUUAGAAAACAAUGAUGACUUUUAUUAAACUGUUAGUAAAUUUUCAGUGGCCUCUAAUUUUCAAAAGCUUAAGUAUUGACUGGGUAAGUCAUGCCUGAAUUUUGUUUUCCAUUUUUUAAAAUAAGUGUGGCCCCUUUUUCUGUUUGAAAUAGGAUUCAACAUUUAAUGUUAACAGUAUUUUAUUUUAGUGAAGUUUAUUUUGGUCAUGACAAUUUAUUAGACUUCUUUCAGUAGCUUGUUAGAGACAAUCUCGAGGGCUGGAAAGUGUUGCUAAUAUAGAUAUUGUACAUUUCUGACUUAGUGAUGAGCUUAUAAGUUAAUUUUGUCAUAGUUCAAGACUUACCAAUAGGAAUCUGUUAAAGGGUAUUUUUAAAGGAACUUCUUUAUUGUGAAAAUGUUCUUUCAAUGCCAGUAAUAGUUCGUUGAAUAUCAUAGCAGCUGAGAACUUGGACUGUAUUUUUGUAUAGCAUAGUUCAGCUCAAGCGUAUCUUUAGUUUGGAUUAUCAGCAUUCUCUUAUGUAGACUUCUAUCAUUGUAGAUAUGUAAUUACAGUAAUAAGCAAUUCUCAUAACCAUGCUCACUCAGACUGUGUCAUUUGAAACUGCCAGUAGCUAUAGCUCUUAGAGACAAAGUUAAUUCAUUUCAUUUCCAUUUUUGACAGUUCUUUUCAGUGUUCACAAAACAAGAAAAGCUAUUUCCUAUUUGGUAUAAAGAAUAUAAUUUCCAGCUUCACCCGAGAAUGCCAUGGUGGUAUAUUGCUGUAUGACAGUGUUAUGCAUUUAAUCAUGAGGGGGGAAAGAUUUUGGAUUUUUGGAUUUUUUCUUAUUUAAAAGAAGUAUUGAGUAUAUUAAGAAUGUAGUUUCAAAUCAAUAAGUCAUUAACAACACUGUUUGAGCUGCACACAGAGAGAACCUUCUGUGCCUUUUUGCCUGCAGUAAGCGUUCAUUUCUAUUUUACAGGAGCUGUAAGAAUGUUGAUGAUUAUUAUUGCACCUUGUUCUUCUGUAUAUAGACUUGAUUAAGUAUUGUUUUUUUUAAGCAAGGAGCAGUUCUUCAUUACUGGGUAGAGACCCUAGUAAACAUGAGAGGAGCUAUCAUAUGUCCUUGGAGCCCAGCCUCUUGCCCAGAGAGUGAGCGGGGCACUCCUCUGGAAUGUCGUCAUUUGUGUGUAUGUGUGUACAUAUGUGUAUAAAUAGUUAUUUAAAUACGUAAAUAUAAAAUCCGGCAUCACAUUGGUGUGAUGACAAGAAGUAGUCAGGUGCUAGGUGGUUACAUUAAAAGCACAGCAGAGAGUAUAAUCAGUCACCACGACUGGUGGUUUUGUAAACUAGGUUCAGUUUUUGAACCACCCAGAAUACCUCAUGUGUAAAUACAGCGGUCAUGACUCAAUUGAAAUACCGUUAUUGUGAAAAGAAUGUGAAGCCACUGGUUGGCUUAUGCCUUCUGAUCUAUCAUUCUUGCCUCUUUUUUUGUAAAGGGGUUGGUUUUUUGGUUUUGUUUUUUAAUAGGAUUUACAGCUAGAAUUUUGAAUGCCAAAGUUCUAUUUAUUAAAUAAAAAGUUUUCAGUGUUAAUGGCUAAGUAUUUUUCCACUGGACUAUUGUUUGUUGAUGUUGGAAUUUGUAUUUACAGAGAAAUAAAUUUUUUAUAAAAAA